AUGGGCAGUUUCAAAAGGACGCGAGGAGCGACAGACGUGGGGGAGAAUGAGGGGUCGACGCUGCUGCCCCAUCGUCGUGGUAGCAUGCGCCCCGUGGGGCGGCGACGGUACGGCGCCACCACCCCCGCGGGGGGGCGCCGGGCCAGCUCCAUGCCCGUAUUCCGUACUCGCGGCCUCGGCACGGCGCGCCUAUCCGUGUCGAAGGGCCGUGAAUUAACAGUAAGUGAGCAGACCACGAAACUGGCGGAGGAGGCAAAGAAGACGCUCUUCCAUGGAAGCUUUACCUCAAGUCACGGGAUGCUGUUCUCUGUGCCGCCCAUGCGGCGGCAGGAGAGCGGGGCGCUUUCCCCGGCUCGGCAGCGCACGAGCGCCUCCCAGACGGCAGACGCGGAGCUGCCGCCGGCAAAGAAGGACAAGGCAAGUUACCGUCUCAACCUGGACGUCGUCGCGCCGAGUGCCCUCAAGAAGGAAAAAGCCACACCGCUGCUUGGCGACCGCCAAGGCUCAGCAGCGACUCCCUCAUUUAUCACCGAGGUUGCUGCGGCACAGCCGCAAGCACGAGCUCCGGAGGCCCCCCUCGGAGCUGCCGGCGCUGUCGUCUCACGCGUCACGGAGACUGGGAUUGUAAGGGCGGCGCCAGAGGUCACGAAGUUGAAGCGCGAAAGUGGCGUUUCCGCCUCACUACGGCUGCGCCACUCUAACAGGACUGAGGAUUUUGAAGAGAACCUGGCGGUCCUGCAGGAUGGGGAAGGCGUGUACGCGACAAAGGCAGAUGGGCAACCCGCAAGGGAGCAAGGCGUUGUUGUUCCGCUUAUUUUCACUUCACAACCCUCGCCAGAUCCCAAGACAAAUCUCGAAAAACCCAGUAAGGCGAGUAGCCAACACAUUUCUUUUGCUGAGCACGUUAUUAUCAAGCACGCUGACAGCUCCUCCGAUGCCGACGAGCUUGAAGAGACGGAGGAAGAGGGGGAGGUAGAGGUUAGCUAUAAGGACGCGUUAAUGCACCUUGUGGCCUUUGCUGCUCCAGCUGCUCUGGCCAUUGGUUUCACAUUCGCCCUUUCUAUCGUCCCUCUGGCCUUUAUUGGAAGUUACCUCGGUGAGUUAGCUCUUUCCGGGGCCUCAGUUGGCUACUUCAUUUUAAGCACCUUUGUGUUAUACCCAAUGAUUGGCAUGACGUUUGCCUUGGACACCUUGUGCUCGCACGAAUAUGGGCGAGACCCAAACAGUCAGGAGUUGGGGCUUCUUUUGCAGCGUGGCAUAAUCAUCAAUUUGGUGCUCCUUGUCCCAGUAUGUGUGCUGCUGUACAAUGUGGAUGUUGUCCUUGAACUGGUCUACGGCGCAGCCAUCACAAGUGUGGCGAAAGAAUUUUUGCACUACAUGCCCUUGUUGUUGCUGCCGGUGAUAAUCUUUAGCGCGUUCAAUAAAUUCCUCAGCAACCAAAUGCGUCCGCAUAUGCCACUGAUUGCGCUAACUGCCGGAAUUAUUAUUACCCCAUACGUGCAGAUGAAACUCACACCCAUGGGAGUACGAUACUCCAUGGUUGGCAUGUGCAUUACGGCGUGGUUUCAACUGGCAGUCAUCGUCGUCCUGACACUGUACGUUCCGCAGACGAGGCACACCCUCGGGAGCCUGCGUCUCUUGGAGGCCCUAAACCUAGCUGACGUAAAAGGGUACAUGGAACUGGCUAUUCCAAGUGCCAUCUUCGUCGCUGCCGAGGCGUCCUCGUUUGACGUCACAGUUUUGCUGUGCGCCUACUUUGGGGAACAGUCAGGUGCCGCCUGGUCAAGUAUUAUGAAUGUCCUUUUUAUUUUUGCCGCGCUGGCGGGUGGUCUGAGUGCCGGCGCGUGUGCCAAUAUUGGCCGCUGCGUUGGCAGCAAUGAGCCAAAGAAUGCCCGGAGAUACGUGGAAGUUGCCAUAGCCGUUGUUUUGGUGCUUAGCGCUAUUGAUUCCGCCUUGCUGUAUACCUUCUUUGACUUUUUUAUGGGCCUAUUUGGCACCAAGGGCGAAACACUUCAGCUGGCACGUGAGACUCUCCUUCUACUACCGCUCUUCCACACGGCUGAUGCGGUGCAGUUCACCUUCCAAGGCAUAUUUAGUGGGUUGGGUAAAAAUCACUUGGGUGCCCUCAUCUUGUUACUGUCGCUGUGGGGUGUGGGUAUCCCCAUGGUGUUUUUCCUUGGUCUGUACCUUCAGUACGGCGUCUUUGGCGUUUGCCUUGGCAUGACGAUUGGGCUCUGCAUUGAGGCCCCGGCGAUGGUGCUCACCACCGCCACGAUGAACUAUCAGUCGGUGUGUGAUGCCUUUGUUCUUGCGGAAAACAGUUUCAGCGACGAGGAAGAAGAUGAGGAAGACGAAGACGAAGACGAAGAAGACGAAGAAGAGGCUAUUUUAAUGGGUGAUGAUGUCUUUCGUCGCUCAGGGAUUCCUGUGCGUUCGUCAGACUUUGGUCUGCGACUCGCGGCAGGCGGUCGACGACUGAAGGCGCCACCGCAUCGUUUGUCAGGGAGGUAA